AUGACGCCCAUGGCGGCAGUCCUGGGCUUUUUCUUGGCUGUGAGCGGUAUGGUGGUGAUCUCUGCUGAGAAUUAUCCGUCCCCUUCUCCACCGCCUUACGUUUACAAGUCUCCACCGCCUCCUCCUCCGAAGGACCACUACUACUACAAGUCCCCGCCACCGCCUCCUCCUCCGAAGAAGCACUACUACUACAAGUCCCCGCCACCGCCCCCUCCUCCAAAGAAGCACUACUAUUACAAGUCCCCGCCACCUCCUCCUCCUCCCAAGGAGCACUACGUCUACAAGUCCCCGCCACCGCCUCCUCCGAAGAAACACUACUACUACAAGUCCCCACCACCACCCCCUCCUCCCAAGAAGCACUACGUAUACAAGUCCCCGCCACCACCUCCUCCGAAGAAGCACUACUACUACAAGUCCCCGCCACCGCCUCCUCCUCCCAAGGAGCACUACAUCUACAAAUCCCCGCCACCGCCUCCUCCGAAGAAGCACUACUACUACAAGUCCCCACCACCACCCCCUCCUCCCAAGAAGCACUACUACUACAAGUCCCCGCCACCACCUCCGAAGAAGCACUACUACUACAAGUCCCCACCGCCGCCCCCUCCUCCCAAGGAGCACUACGUCUACAAGUCCCCUCCUCCAAAGAAGCACUACUACUACAAGUCCCCACCACCACCCCCUCCUCCCAAGAAGCACUACUACUACAAGUCCCCGCCACCGCCGCCUCCGAAGAAGCACUACUACUACAAGUCCCCGCCACCGCCCCCUCCUCCCAAGGAGCACUACAUCUACAAGUCCCCGCCACCGCCUCCUCCGAAGAAGCACUACUACUACAAGUCCCCGCCACCGCCCCCUCCUCCCAAGGAGCACUACAUCUACAAGUCCCCGCCACCGCCUCCUCCGAAGAAGCACUACUACUACAAGUCCCCGCCACCGCCCCCUCCACCCAAGGAGCACUACUAUUACAAGUCCCCCCCUCCACCCCCUCCCAAGUACUGA